AUGGGCGAAGAGGUUGAGAUGCCCCGCUGGGCAGAGCUGCUUAGGUCUGGUGUUGAUAUCUUUGCUCUUGACUUUGAUGCAAUCAUUGCAGGCAUGUACGCUAUGACUGUUAGCUCUAGGGGUGACUGUUACUUGUGUGUGCCGCCCGACCCAGGUAUAGAGGCUGUUGCUCUAGGUGCUAGUGAGUCUGCUCUCUCUGGUACUGCGUCUGCUGAGGCCUUGCACACCUUCACGCUUGACUCAGUUCUUGCACAUUUCUCCACUGUGCUCCCGUGCACGGCGGUUCCGUCCAACUCGUUGUCAGGUCUCCACCUCCCCUCGUUCUCGACGAACCUGACUCUCCACAUGGACGUGUGGGGCCCAGCCUGUGUCCAGGGACAGGGCCGCGAGGGGUACUUUCUGCUGGUAGUCAACGACUACUCGCGUUACACCACGGUCUUUCCCUUGCGCACCAAGGGGGGAGGGCAUCCUCCAGUCGUUCACGCUUCCGGCCUCACCGCAGCAGAUGGGGUUGCUGAGCGCCGCAUUGGCUUAGUCAUGGAGGUGGCUCGUACCUCCAUGAUCCAUGCGGCUGCUCCCCAUUUUCUGUGGCCGUUUGCGGUCCGAUACGCUGCGCAUCAGCUCAACCUCUGGCCCCGUGUCUCCUUGCUGGAGACCUCGCCCAUAGUGUGCUGGAUGGGGGAGGUUGGCGAUGCGUCUUGGUUCCGGGUCUGGGGCUCUCGUGCCUUUGUCCGUGAUACCACCGCGGACAAGCUCUCCUCUCGCGCCAUUCUCUGCGUCUUCCUUGGCUUUCCCUGUGACGCGCCUGGCUGGCAGUUUUACCACCCCACCUCACGCCGUCUCUUCCCCACUCAGAACGUCACGUUUGACGAGUCGGUUCCCUUUUACCGUCUCUUCCCCUACCGCACUGCCCCUCUCCCACCCUUGCUGCUCUUCCUUGCUCCAGGUCCCCCUCUGGUAGACCCCCUCCCCCCUCAAGGUCCUGCUCCUUCAGGUGUCUCUCAGGUAGACCCACUGCUCCUUGUGACUCAGGUGCUGCUGGGGGUGGUCCUGCUCGAGGUGCUACGUCUGGGGGUGCUGAGCCUGAGCGUGCGGAGCCUGGGGGUGCUGAGCCUGAGCGUGCGGAGCCAGGGGGUGCUACGCCUGAGCGUGCGGAGCCUGGGGGUGCUGAGCUUGAGCGUACUGAGCCUGGGGGUGUUGCUUCUGGGGGUGCUGAGUCGGGUGGUGCUACUUUUGCUGGUGGUCUUCCAGAGACCUCGCCAUAGCGGUCUUCCCAGCCUGAGCUUCUCUCACCACAGCAGCUGCACGAGUGGCUUGCGUGGCGCACACGCCUUCGGAGUCGCACUGGAGCUGGAGGUGCUGGAGCUGGAGGUGCUGGAGCUGGAGGUACUGGCACUGGAGGUGCAGGAGCUAGAGGUCCUGACGCUGGAGGUACUGGAGCUGGAGGUACUGGAGCUGGAGGUGCUGGAGCUGGAGGCACUGGAGCUGGAGGCACUGGCGCUGGAGGCGCUGGAGCUGGAGGUCCUAACGCUUGAGGUGCUGGAGCUGGAGGCACUAGAGCUGGAGGUACUGGAGCUGGAGGCACUAGAGUUUGAGGCGCUGGAGCUAGAGGCACUGGCGCUGGAGCUACUCAAGCUGGAGGUGCUGGCGCUGGAGGCGCUGGAGCUGGAGGCCCUGUGCAGCAGCGACCGUUUUUCUCGCCGCCGCCGCAGCUGUCCGCCCGAGUCGGUGCUCCGUCAGAGUAGCCAGUCUCCCUCAGAGAGCGUCGUAAGCCUGCGUCUUGUCCUGCUUCCCCUGUUCGCACUGUACGUUGUGCUCAUCGUGUCCCUCGUCCGCGUCCUCCUCCUGUGCCAGGCACUUCGUCCUUCCUCUGUUCCACAGCGUAUCCCCCUGUCGUCUCCUCCUACGUCCUCUCUUCUUGACGAUCCGGACCCUGAGUCUGACCGGGUUCGUGCUGCCAUCCCUACUGUCACCCGUCUCCUGGCUACUGUUGUCACUGACCCGUCGUUUGAGUGUACUGCUGCGUCUGCCUUAGUUGUUGAGCUUGUGGACUUUGCUGCUGCGUGUCGUCUAGACUACGCCACUAGUCUUGUUGCUGAGUCUGAGUAUGUCUGUCCUCCAUCCGUCGGGGGUGAGUGUGCUCUUGGCACGGAUGUCCUUGAGGACAGGCAGGAGGACUUCGAGUGUCUUGCGGGUGCUGGACCUUAUCUCGUGGCCAUGCUGCCUGCACUAGAGGGAGACUCGGAUGCACUGGACAUCCCGACCCCGCGCUCUUACGCAGAGGCGAUUACGGGUCCCUACUCCUCUCAGUGGCAGACAGCCAUGGAUGCAGAGAUACCAUCCUGGAAGUCCACAGGCACUUACGUCGACGCAUUUCCCCCUCUUGGGACGAACAUCGUUGAUGGCAUGUGGAUUUUCAGGGUGAAGCGGCCGCCGGGUUCUCCGCCUGUCUACAAGGCUCGUUAUGUUGCUCGAGGCUUCAGUCAGCGACAGGGAGUUGACUACUUCCAGACCUUCUCCCCUACCCCGAAGAUGACCACUCUUUGGGUGCUGCUGCACGUUGUCGCUCAGCGUGACUACGAACUUCACUCUCUUGACUUUAGCAUAGCGUUCUUACAGGGCAGCAUGCACGAGGAGAUCUGGCUGCGCCACCCACCUGGCUUCACUGGGUCGUUCCCUCCUGGUACCCAGUGGAGCCUCCAGCGGCCGGUCUACGGUCUCCGCCAGGCGCCUUGUGAGUGGCACGACACACUGAGGACGACGCUUGCGGCUCUUGGGUUUGCUCCUUCCACUGCUGACCCGUUGCUGUUUCUGCGCACCGACACUUCACUGCCGCCAUUCUACAUCCUCGUGUAUAUUGACAACUUGGUUUUUGCCACUGCUGGCACAGAGGCACUCGCCCUUGUGAAGUCGGAGCUAUAG